AUGCAACGACGACAUGUUAAUAAUCGACAACAUACAAUACCAUUUCGGCAACAAUUUAUUGAACAAAUUGUUCACGAUUUUCAAGAAAUUGAUCGAAAAUUGGAAAUGGAUUAUCGAAAACAAGCGGAAAAAAAGGAUCAACAAACGGCACGUUUACUUCGACAACUUGAAACUGUAUAUCAAAAACAACUACGUGAUUUAAAUCUGUACAAUAAUCGGACACUAAUUCGAGAACUAAUGGAAGAACAUUUGCAGAAAUCAACACCACAAGGUCAACUACGUCGAAUUCAUCAAUUAGAAGAAGAGCUUCGUCAACUAAAAAUCAACCAUGAUACAUUAGUUAGACGUGUCGAUCAAAAUGAAACGAAUUGUAAUCAAAAUAAGCAUAAUCAGGAUGAAGAAAUCGAUAGUAUUAAACAAAAAUUUGAACAAUAUCGAAUAGAAAUUGAACAAUAUAGAAAAAACAUUGAUAAAACAAUUAUAGAUCUUCAAACAAAGUUAGAAACAUUACUUAAAAAACAAGAAAUUCUUGAUAAAAAACAAGAAGAACAUGGAGUUUCAAUUCUUAAUCUUUCUCUUCAACGAGAUACACUUACAAAAUUAUCUCAAGAUAUUGAAUUAAUCAUAAAUAAUCGUCGUUCAGAUCUUGAUACACUUAAUAAAUUUAUAAAAAAACUCAAUGGUAUUAAAAAUUCGUUAAAUCAAGUUCGAGAAAGAUUUCAUUUACUGGAUCGAAUACCUUUGCUGGAACAAGAAAUUGAAAAAAUUCGAGAUUUAAUCACUGGUCAUGAUAAGACAUUGAAGGAAUGCAAUUUAAGAAUUGAUAGUUUAUCUUCAUCACUUCAAAACUUAGAACGAAGAGUUAAUGAUAUCAAAAAUACUGAUAUUACAAUGAUUCUACAACGUCUUAGCUCUAUUGAAGAUGAUUUAAAAAGAAAAUCACAGGAUAUUGCUAAUGCUAAUAAUACUGCAAAAACAGCUCUCGACGAAGUGAAUGGACUACGUGAAACUGUAGAAGAGCUAAAGAAAAAGUUGAGUUAUUUGAAUGAGCGAAUUUCUGUUGUUGAAGAUAUUCUUAAGAGACUUGAUGAACUAGAAAUGAAAUUCAAAGAUCUAGACAUUGACGAAAUUCGUAAACUAUUCUUAAAAUUGACUGAAAUGGAAAAACAAUUAGAUGAACUUACUAAGGAAUUAAACAAUCUUAAAGAUAUCGUAAAGGGUUUAAAUACAAAUUCACGUACAAACUCUUCCAUAGAAGGAACUCUUGAAGCAUAUAUGAACGACGUGAAAAAACAGAUAAGUGAAUCAUUAUCGAGUCUUAGCCAACAGCUUCUUGCACUAAUCAACGAAGCUAAACAACUUAUAAGUAUUUUAGAUACCAAACUCAAUGAGCUUUUAACUAUGCAACAGCAAAUACCAUCAAAAGAAGAACCAAUCAUGUUGUCAUCAUCUAACCGAAUACUUUAUGUAGAACCAUUGAAAUCGAUUGAUUUACUUCAAGAUAUUUGGACUUGA